CUAGCUCCAGACCCCACUAACUCCCAACAUGAUCCUGGACUGGCCUAUCAGUUUUCGUUUUCCUCUACUCCCCCAAGAGUCCAAGAUCCUUUCUUUGCUUUUACACUAUUAGUAGAUCCUCUUGUUUGUGGCGUCCGACACUGCGUGUUCUUUACUCUUCACUCACCACUCACCUGUGCCCAGUCCCAGUCCUAGUUGUUUCCUCUGCUUUGAUUUGCGUUCUCUUAAGAAUUACUCUUAGCUUCAACCUGCUAAGAAGUUGCCAUCUGGAUGGCUUCAAUUCUUGCUAAGCUGCCUCCUCCACCACUGUUUGCUAAUGGACGGCACCUCCUUUUGAGUACUCUUCAGAAAGUUACAGCGCCUGGCAUUGGAGGUAGGCAAGGUCAGUUUGCUUUUGUUGCAAAGGCUACAAGUGACACCUCUGAUGAAUCUUCAACCUCUCUUGUGAAGUCUGUUCAAAGUGUUUGGGAGAAAUCUGAAGAUCGGAUUGCUGUAAUUGGGUUGGGAUUUUCCGCAAUAGUGGGCCUUUGGGCAAUUGUGAAUUUUGUCUCGGCCAUCGACAAGCUCCCUCUCAUCCCAACUGCACUUGAAUUGGUCGGGAUACUAUUUUCUUCUUGGUUCGUCUAUCGUAAUCUAUUAUUCAAACCCGAUCGGGAAGAGUUUUUUCGCAGCGCGAACAAGUCACUAUCAGACAUCUUGGGCGGCCGAUAGCGUUUAUCAUGUAUACGGCAAUGAAUUUAUACACAUAUAUCCUGUCUCCUUUUAUGUUUCUUAAACGAUAGACAUUCAAAUCAACAUAAGUGCAUAAUACUCUGUUCUUAGCUCAGCGCUAUGAGAACGAGUGGGAACAUGUUCUAUUUCAUUACAGACACCCAACAUGCCGGAUCCUUGGCUGAAGCAUUUAGCCGACUGGAGAGCAUUUUCUCAAGUCUUUAACCACAGAGAUUGACAGCCAGUUUUGGAGAAAAUUUGAGCCAUUAAAGAUUAUCUGUGUAUGCUGAUCUGGAAUUUUGGUAUGCGUGGUAUUAAUCCGGCGAUGCCCAUUAACGCUCUUGUCAAUCCCGGAAAGCAGAUUUACAUUGGUCACUCCAGAAAGAGAUGAAAUGAUUCAUUCUCUAGGUCUUGGUAUUCUCUAUCCUUUCUAGUUUAGUACUAGAAAAUACCAGGACCAUUCCGUGUGUUACAGGCAGCCUUACUCGAAGGUGACAAGAGUGCGGACCGUAAGAUGGGAACUCCUCAAGCGGAUUCAUAGCCUGGGACACUCUGGCAUGUUUUCCUCAUUGGAACUAUAAAAUUUAUGUUCGGAAGAAUAAUAGCAACCAUGAAUUGCUCGUC